AUGGAUAGUACCACGAGUUAUUUAGCGGGUUAUAUGGAAUCAGUAGUAAAUCUCAUAAAGAAGAAAUCAAUAUGUAACAAAGAACACGGAGGUGUCCCUAGGGUUUGUCAGUUUCUCAACAGGGGGAAGGAGACGAAAUAUUUAACUGUCUGGGACGACGGAACUUCUGGAAGAGAAGAUUUAUGUAACUUUACGCAAUCAAGCAAGAAAUAUAUCGCGGGGUUAUGUCAAGGAUUAGAAUUAUGGGUGAAUACAUUAGCUCCCGAUGAGGCGAAACAUCAGCUAUAUAGGCAGGGAAAGUGUAAGAUUCAGGAGACGGGAAAAGGUACAAAGGGUAGACAAAGGACUGCCGAGUGUUUAGAGGGUAAGAGCAAGUCCAAAUGGUGGGAUUGGACAGACAUAGAAGACAAAGAGAUAAGGUCAGCUGCGGAGGAGGGGCUUCAAGUAUGUAUGGAUAUCAUAACGAUGAUAAUGAGAGCUUUCUGUAUGACUUCCACUGAUAGCAAGAAAUAUAGCGCAAGGGAGAAUCCAGAAAAGAGUUGUCAAGAUCUAUUCGAGUUAAUGACCAGAUGGUCUUCAGAAGAAAUAGCGAGCACCGUUAUGGAGGGGAUAUUUUCUGGAUUGAGGGGGACAAAAUCAUUUCUGGGGGGUCUACAAAUUCAGGGAACAGAUCUAUUCAAUGAGCUCCAGAUGUUACAUUUGGGAGAGGAAAACAGCCAUAGAGACUACUCUUGUUAUUUAGAGUCUCUCAAUGGCAAAGAUACAAGGAGCUCGACGCGAAGGUAUACCUGGAAGCAGGAUCCCUCCCCUUUAGCCACGAUCUCGGAGUCUCAUUUAGCCCCUACAACCCAAGGUGGACUCGCGCAGCAAGAGAGGGCAGGGGCUUUGGGAGAUUCGGGGUCCACUGAGAGGGGCAGAAGCCAGGCCGCACAAUUUUUUGGCAGCACUGGGGAGGGAGACUCUCCAGGGGGCGUACAAGAGGAUAGAGUUGGGAGUAAGAAUAAUGAGGCUUCAUUAACCAUCCAAUCCAAUCCAGGGAAUGAGACCUCAGGGAAAAGGGGAGGGAUAGAAGGAGCAAUUGUUGGGGGUAUAAUUAGUAUAAUUUUAGCCCUAGGGGGCUCUUAUGGAAUUUUUAGGGUCUUUAAAGGGAAGGGGAGGAAGGAUUUUACCGGAAUGGAUAUCGGGAAGCGGGUGGAAGUGGGAUACCGUUCAAGUGGAGGGUAG